AUGAGUUGGCCGAAGAGGAAAUACUCUCAGUUCAGCACUGCCAUCUGGAACUCUGGUGAACCCAUUUAUUCUGGAGCACUUUAUCUCCUGGCUCUUGCCCUUGCAGACAACGUCCUCUUUGGGUUGCCAUCUCCUAAAGAAGUCUUCGAGCAAAGAAUUCUGGAGGGAAAGGUUGUCAACAGCAAACCCCGCGUCCGGUGGUGCCUCGCCCACAGCGCAGACCCCAACCCUCAAAACAUCGGGCAAUACAUUAACGUGCUCAGCCAUGCUGGUGAAUAUGCCUCCACCCCAGUACUAGAGCUCCUAGCCGCACAUGGCGGUGACUUCCGGUGUAGCAACGCCUUACACUGCGCCGCGCACGGUAGCGUGGGCUACAGCAUGGAGGAGCGCAUCGAGGUCCUUGCGUGGUUACUGGAGAAAACCGGAAUUGAUAUAAGCCAACGGAAACACGAGUUCUCGGGCAUGAAUUCGUGGAGGGAUACGAUGGAGACGGCGUUGCAUUACGCGGUUGGGUCCAAUGCACUUGGUUUUAUGCGGUUUCUGUUGGAGAAGGGGAUUGUCGCUGGAUUGAGAGAUUUCCAGGUAAGACUGCGAGAGAUCCGGAGGUGGAAAUGGGAAAUCAUGAAGUUGUGA